CUCACGCCUCCAUCUCUCUCAAUUCUCUGAGACUCUCACGCCUCCCACUCACGUCUCCCAAACUCCCUCAGUUCUCUCAAGUCACGCCUCCCUCUCCCUCAGCCUCACUCUGCGCUGAGCGCUUUCACCGGAGCUCCGAUCACAAGAUCAAUUCUCACCGAAUCAAUUCCGAGUUCCUGCUUCCCACCGAAUCAACCUCUCUCUGUCUCAGCCAUCGACCUCAGCUCAAAUGGCAGACGCCGUAGAAGAUACAACCCGAGCGCCGCCCCAGAAUGCACUGCCGGAGAACGCUCUGCCGAAGCGGUGGGGAGACGAAGAGGAUGAUACUGUGGAAGAGCCGAGUGCAUCUUCUUCGAAUUCAGAGGAGAAAGCCGCCUCGGAGCUCAAGGUUGAGGCCUUGACCAUCAAUGACGACGAGAGCAAAAUCAACAAGUUCCUCGAUGAGCCCCAGGACUCUAACAUCACAGCGGUUACUGAUACACUGUAUGAAUCUGCUAGUAGUUUUGAGGAUUUAAACUUGUCACCAGAGUUGCUAAAGGGCUUGUAUGUGGAGAUGAAGUUCCAGAAGCCCAGCAAAAUCCAAGGAAUUAGUUUACCGAUGAUAUUGAAUCCUCCACAUAAAGAUUUGAUAGCUCAGGCACAUAAUGGCUCUGGUAAGACUACUUGUUUUGUGCUUGGGAUGUUGAGUCGUGUUGAUCCCAACCUGAAGGCUCCUCAGGCACUUUGUGUCUGCCCCACAAGAGAGCUGGCUAUUCAGAACGUGGAAGUUCUUCGGAAGAUGGGGCAGUACACAGGUAUAACUUCAGAGUGUGCUGUGCCAAUGGAUAUCAAACAUUAUGUGCCAAUAUCAAAACAACCGCCGAUCUCAGCACAAGUAGUCAUAGGAACUCCUGGUACGAUCAAGAAAUGGAUGUCAAAUAAGAAAUUGGGAGUGACUCAAAUCAAGAUUCUUGUUUUUGAUGAGGCUGAUCACAUGCUUGCUGAGGACGGAUUUAAGGACGAUUCCUUGAGAAUAAAGAAGGAUAUUGAAAGACUUAGUUCUCACUGCCAGGUUCUUCUGUUUUCUGCUACGUUUAAUGAAAAUGUCAAAAAUUUUGUAUCAAGGAUAGUCAAAGACUACAAUCAACUUUUUGUCAAGAAGGAAGAACUGUCUUUAGAGGCUGUGAAGCAGUACAAAGUUCGUUGUCCUGAUGAACGCACGAAGACUCUUGUGAUUAAAGACAGAAUACUUGAAUUGGGAGAGAACUUGGGGCAGACAAUUAUAUUUGUACGUACGCGAAAUAGUGCCAGCAUAUUGCAUAAGGCACUUGUUGACCUUGGUUAUGCAGUUACUACCAUUCAAGGUGCUGCCAGUGCAGAAGACAGAGACAAAAUAGUCCAAGAGUUCAAAAAUAAUCUAACUAAAGUUCUUAUAUCAACGGAUCUCCUUGCCCGAGGCUUUGACCAACAACAGGUCAAUCUGGUCAUUAACUAUGAUCUUCCAGUGAAGUAUGAAACCUCGGAGCCUGAUUAUGAGGUGUACUUGCAUAGGAUUGGAAGGGCAGGGCGAUUUGGCCGCAAGGGAGCUGUGUUUAACUUGCUAUGUGGUGAUAGGGAUGAGAUGCUCAUGUCAAAAAUUGAGCAUUAUUUUGGCUCUAAAGUCGCAGAGGUGAAGUCCUGGGAUAGUGAUGAAGAUUUCAACAAUGCCCUUAAGGCGGCGGGAUUGUUGUGAUGAUCAGUUUCACUUAAAGGGCCGUAUCCCUCGGAUUGUUUAAUAUUGUUUUUGGUUAAUGUUUUCACUUUUUUAUUGGAGCCCUAUUCUGUAUAUGUUAACACAAUAGGAAGUUUUUUGAUCUACAAUUAAGUUUGUAUUUUGUAAUUUGGCUUCUUAUGACAUUAUUUGUACAUCAAGUUUCUACAAAGAAGUUUUGAGUUUUGCAA